ACGCGUCUUAAUGGCGGACCUCUUCGACAAUCCCGUCGACGAACUCAUCCCGACGACGCCGCCUCGGAGUGCCGCCCCGCUCUUCUAUCAAGGCAGCGAAGAUGGUUCUCCCAGUAAAUCUCCCCUCGUUCCUGACAUGUAUGGUGAUGCCGACGAGGUCAACAAGAUAUUCAACGACGCCGACCUUUUCAAACUAUCAGAGGAAAAGAGCUUUGACGUCGAAGAGGAGAGGCGGAAGAUUGCAGAAAAGUACAAGAACAACCCCGUGCCACGAACACCGAUGACGCCGCACGAGGUGCUGCCUAGCAGUUCACCGUCUCGCGAUUUGGGCGAUCAGGGGAAAGAAAAGGGCAAAGAUGACAAGCAGCAGAUGAAGGAAAAGAACAAGGUUGCAAAGCUGAAUGAAGCCUUGUUGGUGGGUCCAUCUGGAUUUCCGCAGCUGAUCAAGGACACGAAGGAUUUCAAGAUUAAGGGAAAGGGACACGAGGAAAUGGAUCUUAAUCGGUUGCUACAACGGUAUCAGUACUGGACACAGCGGAUGUUCCCCAAGACUCAGUUCAAGGAUACGGUAGAAAAGAUAGAGAAGCUCUGUCAUUCCAAAGUCAUGCAUUCUCACAUGACCAGCUGGCGUGACGAGGUCAUGGGUGUGAACAAACCCACCGCUGAGGACGAAGACACGCUUGACAAUGGCAAUGAAUCAGAAGUCGCAAACUACGCUUCAUCGUCACCUGCUCCUCCCACUCGGCCACCGUCUUCACCUGGGGUAUCGUCAGGCCCCGAUGAAGAGGACUCGCUCAUACGUGAAGCGCAGAUGGAUGCAGAUGAACGUAGAGGAGAAGCCACAAGCAUAUUGGCAAUGGACGAGGACGAGGAGUUGUGGCACGAAUUUGGAGACAGUGGGCCAAGCUCAGUACCUGAUUUUGACGAUGAGGGAUGGGAAGCUAUGGACGACAUGGAGGCUGAGAGUUCCGUGUUUCUGUCGUCUGAAGGACAUAUAAAAGAGGACAUUGAAAUGGGAGAUGUAGCAAAGCAAAGGGAAUCUGUAGCAGAGCCUUUGCUUGUCCCCUUGAAUGAUAUGUAUGCCGAGUAACUUGUGUAUUUCCUAAUUGAUUGCACGUGA